AUGUCGUCCUCGGGGCCGUCAACAGAGGUCCCUCAGGCCUAUCCUGACGCGCCGUUGAGGGGAAUUGCCGCACACGUCAACCACACCGGUCUCUUAGCCAUCAUCUGGACAUGCUAUUCCGUUGCUUCCCUCUUCGUAACCCUCCGCCUCACUGUGCGCUGGCGCCAGAACGGCCGCCUAUUGUUCGACGACUACUGGAUGGUAUGGGCUUGGCUCUGCGUGACGACAAUGGCGAUCUUGCAGACCGUACAGACAAGCUCGCUAUGGUUCUUUACUUACCUCACCUCCGGAAGGAUCGCCGCCAACGACCCUCAAGUUUUUCCUCAGAUGUCGCAAAUGUUACGGUUUCAGUUCCCAGUCAUCAAGCUCUUCUGGACAGUUCUGUGGUCGGUCAAAGCCAGUUUCUUGGCUGCCUUUUAUCCUCUUGUGAAGCCAACCAAGUGGAUUCGGAUAUGUUGGUUCAUAGUAGUCGCGUUUACGACCAUAGCAUACAUUGGAUGCUGGCUUGCAAGUACCUUGACUUGCACGAACCCCGGUGACUACUUUAUACCAGGGAACUGUGACGAACCUUUCGAGAAGUGGAUGUCUCGAUUCAACAUUAUCUAUUCCACUUCCGUCGACAUCGCAUCCGACGUAAUGAUCAUGGCACUCCCCAUCGCCGUUCUCCCAUCCCUCCAACUCAACCGAAAGAAAAAAAUUGGCCUGGGCAUCGCAUUCAGCAUCGGCUUCAUCAUCAUUGCGGUUGCGCUCGUCCGCAUGAGCCAGAUUCUAAUUGGCCAGACGGUGGACAUGAUUGGCCUGGCCAUCUGGGGUGCCAUCGAGACCAUGACGGCGGUUAUUGUGGGAUCCUUGCUGCCACUCAAAGCGCUGCUUACACGGAAUAUCAGGAACUACACUGGAAAGAAGUCGAGUCAGCGUUCUGGACUCAGUCACAAGUAUGGUGGAGACGGUUCAGUGAGCCGGGGACCAGACGGGUUGGUGCCUAACAGGUCGAGGUCCGUCAUGGUCGCUGAGUCCAUUCCGCUUGAUGAUAUACACAAGAGCAACCAGAAGGAUGGGCAGAUUUACGUGCAGAAAACGUACGGCAUGCAGGUCGAACAGGGCCGCUUGUCGGAUGACGAGAUCGCGAUCGUUGGCAGAGCUAAGUAA